AUGGAAGCCUCUCUCAAAUUCCAUUCCCUUCUUUCCUUCGCCCUGGUUCUUGCACUCUCGAUUCCAUGUGAAUCCGCUUCCGGCGAUGGCUUCACCUUGGAGCUGGUCCACCGCGAGUCGCAGAAUUCCCCAUUCUACAACCCGGCCGACACCCGGUACCAGCACGUAACCAACGCGAUCCGCCGGUCCAUUUCCCGCGUCAAGCGCCUCGACCCGAGCUCCGUCAAUGCCCCGGGCACGCCCUCCGCGGUGAUCGUCUCCAACAACGGGGAGUACCUCAUGAACGUCAGCCUCGGGACCCCGAAAUCGUCCAUCCUGGGGAUCGCCGACACGGGGAGCGAUCUCAUAUGGACGCAGUGCGCGCCGUGCACGGACUGCUUCAAGCAGGCGAGCCCGAUCUUCGAACCGAACAAGUCCUCGACGUACAAGGCCGUCUCGUGCCGCGCGUCGCAGUGCGGCGUGAUCGACCAGACCUCGUGCGGCGGGGGGCAAUGCCAGUAUUCCUACUCGUACGGCGAUAGUUCGUACACCAUUGGAAACCUAGCCACCGAGACCUUCGCCCUAGGUUCCUCCUCCGGCGGGGCCACGAGCUUCCCCAGGGUGGUCUUCGGCUGUGGACGCCAAAACGGCGGGAACUUUGACGAUAAAGUGGACGGAAUCAUCGGGCUCGGCGGCGGCCCAGCCUCGCUCGUAACCCAACUGGGGACAGCCACCGGCGGGAGAUUCUCCUAUUGCCUGGUGCCCUUCUACUCGGAUGGCGGAAAAUCUAGCAAGUUGAACUUCGGGGCCGAUGCCGCGGUCGCCGGCCGGGGCACCGUCUCCACCCCUCUUAUCCAGAAGGAGCCAGAGACUUUCUACUACCUAACCCUAGAAGCGGUGAGCGUCGGCGAGACGAGGAUAGAAUUCAGCUCCGGCUCUUCCCCUUCCGAGGACGAAGGGAACAUCAUCAUCGACUCGGGCACCACCCUGACGCUGCUGCCCCAAGAUUUCUACAAGAAGAUCGAAGCCGCCGUGGUCAAGCAGGUCAAGCUGACCCGCACGGCCGACCCGACUCAGGUCCUCAGCCUCUGUUACAGUGCCACGACGGAUGAGGGGCUCGGCAUUCCUCCGGUGACCUUCCACUUCAAGGGCGCGGACGUGGAGCUGAAUCCGGGGAACUCCUUUGUUCGGGUUGCCGAGAACGUCAUAUGCUUCGCGGUGUCCUCGGGCGAUCUGUCCAUCUACGGCAACUUGUCGCAGAUGGACUACUUGGUCGGAUACGACACCCAGAACUCGAAGUUGUCCUUCAAGCCCGUCGAUUGCAGCUCGAACUGA